UCGAAAGUUACAGGCUUCUGUAUUGCCGACUUUGAGUUAUGACACUUGAGGUUAUGUAGUUUUUUAUUAACAAAUUUGGAAAAAAAUUACGAUGGCUGAAGAAGUUGACUCCGAGGGUGUGACAGACUCCCCCAAAAAAGGUCCGACUUUGUCGACCUCGACUUCGAGUUUCGAGGCUUUGGACCCGCACGACCCCAAUUUGAGCCGUUUAGCCACUACCAUGUUUAAUAAAACGUCUGAUUACUUAUACGGCGAGUUAACUUCAACUCUCGAUGAUUACCGUUUGCUUGAAAACAUGAAUCGUGCGACGAUUACGAAAUAUUCAGACAUGAAACACAUCGCUGCUAACGUUUCAAAAAGCAUGCAAGAAUUAAACGAGAAAUACAAUUCUCUGCAACCGUACUUGCAACAAAUUGAUCAAAUUGAGGACAGUGUUGUGAAAUUAGAACAGGCUGCAUAUAAAUUGGACGCGUACUCAAAACGGUUAGAGGCCAAGUUCAAGAGUUUAGAAAAACGAUAAUUAGCUUUUGACGAGUGCGUCCAAGUCGAUUUUUUUCUUGUGCAUGGAGUCUUGGAUGCGUUCUUUGAUGCGUCGCACUCGCAGCGCGUCAACACAGUCAAUGAACUCAUCCAUUUCUUUUUUGCAAUUUAACAUACAGGUGGGGUUGCGCCCCAGACACUCUAUCAACUGUAUAUAAUAUUAAUUAGGGCUGAAUUUGUCUUGUUACGUACUAAUUCCCGAUUCCUGCAAUAAACGGGUAAAUUUUU